UUAUUGUCUCCACGUGAAUUGAUAAUUGACCCCACCAUUGUCAGCACUUGUAGAUAGCUUUCUCAGUUUGUGAAACGACCACCACAACUUGAAAAUUUCCUUUCAUUUCUACUCAAGAAGUUAAACUAUCUUUCAUUUGAUCUUUCAUCUAUUGUUUCCUUUCUUAAGAAAAAGAUAACAAUGGCUAUCGGAGAAGUUUUUAUUGGCGCACUAAUUACUGUUUUGCUUGAGAAGUUGGUCUCCGGCGACCUAAUGAAAUUCCUGCAUGGUGUAGGAAUCGACUCCCUGCUGAAAGAAUGGCAUAAGAAAUUGUUGAUGAUGAAAGCAGUGCUUACUGAUGCUGAAAACAAACAAACAUCAAACGAAGCUGUGAAGGAGUGGCUGAAGGAUUUGGAGGAUUUGGCUUAUGAUCUGGAUGACUUAGUGGAUGAGUUGAACACUGAAGCUACCCGGCGCAAAAUGAAGGAAAAUCACGAAGCCAACAGGCCAAGCACUAGUAUGGUACGAAAGCUUAUUCCCUCUUGUUGUACUAAUUUCUCUUUCCAUGAUUUUAUGUCUGAUCGCGGGAUGGCUUCCAAGCUGAAAGAUAUUAGUUGUCAAUUGGAAACUCUAAUGAAAGAGAUUAGUACACUCGAAUUGGUCAAGAAUGUGAGCGAAAGGCCUUACAGAACAACAGAAAGAUUGGAUCUGACUUCAGUUGUUGAAGAAUCUGAAGUAUAUGGCAGGGAAAUGGACAGAGAGAAUAUACUCAAUAUGUUAUUGGGGGGAGAAUCAAGUGAUAGUCCAAUAUCUGUGCUUCCAAUAGUGGGCAUGGGAGGUGUCGGCAAAACAACUCUUGCACAACUUGUGUACAAUGAUGACAGAUUAAAGGAUGUAUUUGAUCUGAAGGCGUGGGCUUGCGUUUCAGAUCAGUUUAAUGCUAUAAUGGUUACAAAAACCAUUCUUAAACAGGUUUCCCCUGGAAGUUAUAACGAUGAUGAUUUGAACAUGCUUCAGGUGAAACUAAAGCAAAAUCUGUCAAACGAGAAAUUUCUAUUAGUUUUAGAUGACGUUUGGAACGAAUAUUAUGAAGAUUGGGACAUCCUGAAGCGUCCAUUCCUGGCUAGUAAACCUGGAAGCAAAAUCAUCGUUACAACUCGUCAGCAUUCGGUGGCGAAAAUCAUGUCUCAUAGUCCAGCUUAUGAUUUGAAUGUGUUGUCGAGUACUGAUGCUUUAUCAUUGUUAGCUCAACAUGCACUUGAAGCCAAAACUUUUGAUGCACGUCCAGAUCUAAGAGAUAUUGGUAAGGCCGUGGUGGAAAAAUGUGGAAACUUGCCACUGGCACUAAAGGCACUUGGAGGGCUUCUGCGGACAAUGGGUAGUCCUAAUGAAUGGGAGGAUGUAUUGAAUAGUGAGAAUUGGAUGGCAGAAGACAAAAGUAAAAUUCUUCCUUCUUUAAAACUGAGUUACCAAUAUCUGCGUCCACAACUGAAAAGAUGCUUUGCUUAUUGUGCUCUGUUUCCUAAAGACUUCGAGUUUGACAAGUCCAAGCUAGUGUACCUUUGGAUAGCAGAAGGUUUUUUGCAAGUAUCACAAAGAGAGAUGCUAACACAAGUAGGCAGUAAAUAUUUCGACGAACUGUUUGCGAGAUCAUUCUUCCAAAGAUCAAGUGCCAAUGCUUCAUAUUAUGUGAUGCAUGAUCUCCUUAAUGAUCUAGCUACAUUUGUUGAUGGAGAAAAAUGUUUGAGGAUGGACGAUGAGUUGAAGGAAAAUCUUCCCAGCAGUAUAUCUGAAAAUGUCCGUCACUUGUCAUUCAUUCCCCAUGAAUAUGAAAUGUACCAAAGAUUUAAUUUUCUGAAGAAAGUUCGAAGCUUAAGAACAUUUUUACCCUUACCCAUUCAGCAGUGGUAUCCUGAAAGUUUAUUUCCCCACAAAGUUUCGCUUGAAAUAUUGCCGAAAUUGCACUGCUUAAGAGUUCUAUCAUUAAGUGGUUAUACGAUAUAUGAGUUGCCAAAUUCUAUUGGUGAUUUAAAACAUCUACGGUACCUAGACCUAGCUGAAACUUUAUUGAAGUGCUUGCCUGAAUCUGUGAGCAACCUUAUCAAUUUACAAGUGUUGAUUCUAAGAGGAUGCUACAGACUUACAAAAUUACCUGCCAGCAUGGAAAACCUCAUUAAUCUUUUCUAUCUGGACAUUGCUGGUACUGAUGAAUUAAAUGAGAUGCCUCAAGGAAUCGCUCAACUAAAAAGUUUGCAGACAUUACCCAAGAUGAUUGUGAGCAAAAGUAGUGGGAGGUUAAAGGAUUUGAGGAAUCUAUCACUUCUACAAGGUAAAAUUUCUAUUGAGGAAUUGCAAAAUGUGGUAAAUGUUCAGGAAGCAAUUGAUGCUAGGCUAAGGUAUAAUCCAAGCCUUACCAAGGUAAGGUUGGCAUGGAGUGGCAAGCUUGGUGAUUCCCGAAAUGAAAUUCUAGAACUCGAUGUGCUUAAUGCUUUAGAGCCUCAUUAUAACUUGAAAAGUCUUAAAAUUGUUUUUUAUGGAGGUUCAAAAUUCCCUAAUUGGAUUGGAGAUUUAUCAUUCAGUAAGUUGGAAAAGAUAAGCUUCCAUUGUGGAAAUUGCACGACUUUACCAUCAUUAGGGCAACUACCUUCGCUAAGAGAAUUGAGCAUUGCAGAGAUGGGUCGAGUAAAAGUGAUAGGAGCUGAAUUUUAUGGAGAUAAAGGCUCUUUUCCAGCGCUAGAGAGGCUGACUUUUGAGGACAUGCCAGAUUGGGAGGAAUGGCUUGGAUUAACACAUGAAGUAGAAGGUGGUGUCAGAUUUCCUCAGCUCUCUAAAUUGUGCAUGCGACGAUGUCCCAAAUUGGUCAAGUUACCGAUUCCCUCACUGCCAUCCCUUUGUGAAUUGAGCAUUAAAGGGAUGGAUCGAGUAAAAGUGAUAGGAGCUGAAUUUUAUGGAGAUAAAGGCCCUUUUCCUGCGCUAGAGAGGCUGACUAUUGAGAACAUGCCAGAUUGGGAGGAAUGGCUUGGAUUAACACAUGAAGUAGAAGGUAUUGUCAGAUUUCCUCAGCUCUCUAAAUUGUACAUACGACGAUGUCCCAAAUUGGUCAAGUUGCCAAUUCCCUCACUGCCAUCCCUUUGUGAAUUGAGCAUUGAAGGGAUGGAUCGAGUAAAAGUGAUAGGAGCUGAAUUUUAUGGAGAUAAGGGCCCUUUUCCAACGCUAGAGAGGCUGACUAUUGAGGACAUGCCAGAUUGGGAGGAAUGGCUUGGAUUAACACAUGAAGUAGAAGGUGUUAUCAGAUUUCCUCAGCUCUCUAAAUUGUGCAUACGACAAUGUCCAAAAUUGGUCAAGUUACCAAUUCUCUCAUUGCCAUCCCUUCGUGAACUACAAGUGAAAGCGUGUAAUGAGGUGGUGCUAAGUCACAUGCACAAUUUGGAAUCUUUAACCCAAUUAAAUUUGGAAAAAAUUUUCAGAUUGACUUCAGUUUCAAAAGCAUUUAUGCAGUUUCCUUUUGCACUUGAAAAUUUGGAAGUUCGUGAUUGUAACGACCUUGAGACUCUAUGGCCAAGUGAUCGUAUUGCUCAAAGCCUAGUCAACCUACGACGGCUAUUUGUUAACAUGUGUCCUAAGCUCUUGACCCUUAGAGACAUUGAUGCUCUUCCAGUUCUUAGAGACCUUUGCAUACAGAAAUGUGAAUCUCUAGAGCUUGUUCCCAAUAGCAUAUCUUGUCUAAAAAAAUUAGAAAUCAGGAAUUGUUCCUCAUUGAAAACCAUGAUGAAGCUACAGGAUUGCAACACCUCACUUGAAUUUCUUUUGGUCGAAAAGAGGGUGAAUUUUAAUUUGACAAAUUUACUGGGAUCAGUUCACAAUUACACAAGUCUUCAUUGGCUACGUAUAUAUUCUUGUGAUGGUCUGGAGUCGUUUCCCCCUGGAGGCUUGCCCACUCCCAAUUUAAAAAUUCUUCACAUAGAUGAUUGUCAACAAUUGAAGUCCUUACCUGAUCGGAUGGAACUAAUUUCAUCCCUUGAAAAGCUGUCAGUAUCGCGUUGUCCUUUAUUAGUAGAGCCCUUUCCUCAAAGGAAAUUUCCUCCAAAUAUGACGGUUCUUUCAUUCUAUAAUUGUGGGAAUCUAAAACCCCUGGGGGGGUGGGGCUUACACAAAAUCACCUCUCUUGAAAUGUUCAAAUUGCGUCGUUGCUAUCCAGAGCUGGUUUCCUUCUCUAAUGACGACAAUGAUGAUGAUAACAACCAUUUGCUUCCUCCAUCUAUAAGGAUAUUGACGUUGUCUGACCUGCCCAAUCUAGAAAGUCUAUCAAAGGACUUCCAAAACCUCACAUCACUUCGGCAUUUAUACAUCUACCGCUGUCAAAAACUUGUGGCGUUGCCUAUGGAAGACCAGCUUGACAGGCUUUGGAGUCUUCAUAUUGAAGAGUGCCCGCUUCUUAAAAAACGGUGUUUGAAGAACAAAGGAGACUACUGGAAAAUCAUCGCUGACAUUCCCGUCGUUCGAAUUGAUGGCUGUUCCGUCCAUGAUCCAGAUCAACGUCCAUGAAACCCUCAAGUAACAGAUUCAAUUUGCUGAAAUAAACAGCACAAUUUCGACUCUCCAGAAUAAAUUAUAUCACCGUCUUUUCAUCAUCAGAAGCUCCAUGCUCAUCUAGAUGCAAAAACUUGCUAUAUCCGUUGAAAAGAGAAGCAAAAGUGAAAAUUCUAAUCCUCUUAUGAACACCUGAUUACUGUCUGGCCGUCCAUUGCCAAACAAGUCUGAGAUUCACAGAUUGAUUGGAGGCUCAUAGCUCAUUACUGUCUUAAUCAUUAUUCUGUUCAUCGGGACUUCUUCAAGCUCCCUUUUUAAGGUAAUUGAGAUGUGGAAAGAAGAGACUAUUUUGAAGAUUGGUUCCUCAAAUUUAUGGCCACUCAUGCUGCAAAGUAUUGUUUGCAUCUUCCCUUUGGUUCCUGUAAUUGUAAAAAGUCAGGCAGAGGGACAAUAAAUGUUUGCUAACACUAAUGGAGAAAUUCUAAUUGAUGUGGAGUCUAAACCAUUGGUCCGGAAAGAGGAGAAAACGGCUUCGCAAAUUAUGAGGGACAACCUAAACAUCAAGAAAAUUCUGGUGCUACUAAUUGUAUGGAUUUGUUUCUUGCUUCUUCAGGUGUUCAAGAAUGAUUUGAGAGCUUGUACUCCUCUGUACUGGGUUUCAUGAAUGGCCCAACUAACAACUCAGUGAUCCACAUCGCGCUUUGUAUAUCUUUCGUUGUGAGCUCCAGUUGGCUACUUUGGAUCCUGUUUAGCGAUAUACGCUGGAUUUCAUGGCUUGCUGUUUACAUCCGAUUUGACAGAAACAUUGUUUCUGUUAUUACACGAGUUAGCAAGAGAGGGCAGCACGGUGAACCAUCAUCUAGUGACACUUUUUUUCUUUAAGCGUCGAGCAAUAUCAGGAACAUUUAUUGUCAGUUGAAGCCAAUGUUGUUGAUAAGUGUACAUAACCUAUAUAUAUUGCUCGAGUAUCUGUUGAUUUUUGUCAUUUUUUAUGUCUUAGGGGUGGUCCCGAGCUUCGAAAACACGUUGGCGAAUAAUGGAGCAAAAAUUAGUGUUAAACACCGAAGGAGGAGCAAUUUGGAGAGCAGCAUGGGAAGAUACAUGAAUUUCCAUUUGGCAUAUAAUAUAUUAUGGGAAAGAUCAUCCAAUCUGGAGUCUAACGCAAAAAGAUGGGUUGCAAAUCAGAGUUGUAGAUAAAAUGUCAUGCGAAACUGAAGUUGGACUGCAGAGACGAGUACAAGCACUGUCGGUGUAAGGUGGUGGUGCGAGUUGAAGCAUCACUGGUUCAAGUUAGCGGCACCAAACUUCGUGGAUCGUCUCAGGCUGGUGAUUCUGGUGUUUUGGGCACAAUUUUCAAGGAAAUCUAUCUAACCCUACGAUGGAUAUCUCUUCACUCAAUUUGCUUAUUACUUAAAUGAUGUGUAACUGAACUCAUUUGUUAGUAUAAUUGGAGUAACCCAAUUUUGAAGAUUGGCUCCGAUAUUGUAAAAAGUGCAUCUCUUUACCAACACUAGAGUAUCUACCCUUGUGUAAAGACUUGAGCAAGAAUCAAAUUAAAGUAAUUAUAGAGGAAUUUUAUGGAAA